AUGGCUUAUGAUUUAGGAUUUGUUGUGGUAAUAGUAAGAUCUGACAUAGCUACUGGUGUACGGGGAAGAAAAACGUUCGUCAUACUUGGAUGUGAAAGAGGGGGAAAAUAUAGCAAAUACAAAGCUGAUGCAGUGGCUAAUGUAUACGGCACUCGAAAAUGUGAAUGUCCGUUUAGAUUAAAGGGUAAACCAUGUUCAGAUGGGACCGGAUGGGUGUUGAAGGUGAUGUGUGGACAUCACAACCAUGAGUUGGCUGAAACUUUAGUUGGUCACCCUUAUGCUGGCAGGUUAAAUAUGAGUGAGAAGUCAUUACUGGUUGAUAUGACAAAGAGGUUAACCUUCUCAGCAGCAUUUGCUUUCUUGUCUACUGAAAGGCAGAGUAAUUUCACAUGGGCUUUGGAAAAGCUGAAAGGUUUAUUUUUAACAUCUGAGGGUGGUCCUAAAGUCAUUGUCACUGACCGAGACUUGGCUUUGAUGAAUGCCAUAGCAAAUGUAUUCCCUGAGUCAUAUCAGAUGUUAUGUCGGUUCCACAUCCUUAAAAAUGUUAAAGCUAAAUGCAAAAUGUUAGUUCAUUCUACUGAGGUUUGGGAAGUGUUGAUGGAUGCAUGGGAAAAUGUGAUGGAUUGUGCUGAUGAAAACUUGUUUGCUGAGUAUGUGAAUGGUUUUCAAUACGCAAGCAGUUCAUGGCCUUUGUUAUUUGAAUAUGUCAAUCAGACUUGGAUUAUUUCGUACAGCACAUACUUUGUAAAGUUCUGGACGAACAAAGUAAUGCAUUUAGGGAACACAACCACAAAUAGGUCUAAAUCUACUCAUUGGAGCCUGAAGAAAGUUCUGGGCAAUAGUAUGAGUGAUUUGUGUUCUUGUUGGGAUAAUAUUCAUAACGUCAUUAUCCUACAACACAACAAGAUUAAGGCGUCAUUUGAAAGUAGUUUGUUGCUCACGAGUGACCAUUUUAAAGGCUACAGAUAUAGAGAACUUAUUGGACGUGUGUCUCGAUAUGCAUUGGAUCUCAUUGCUAAGGAAUUGAAAAUAGUGCAGCAGAUAGGAUUGAACUCCUCAAAGUGUGGAUGCGUAUUGAGACGUACAUUUGGUGUCCCAUGUGCAUGUGAAUUAGCACGAUAUGAUCCUAGGAUGAUCCCUAUAGUUGAAUUUCGUAUCAUGUGGCGAAGAUUGCAUUUAUCAAAUGUUGAAUUAAAUGAAACUGAGCCUCAAUUAUCCAUUAAAGAUGAGUUGAAACAAGUAGAAGAACGAUUCAAUGAGGUUGACGUUGGCGGUAAAGUCACCAUCAAGCAGAAGUUACUUGAGAUUGUUUAUCCUACAUUGACAUCAAUGGUCCCUCCAUUACAUAAAGUCAAGACAAAGGGUGCACAAAAAAGUAAAGUUAAACGAAGUGAAAGGUCUACUACGCGGGAUCCAUCAUAUUUUGAGUAUGUGGACGCCUUUCAUUCAACCAUAGAAUCUUCAUCUAUGAGAAGUAAAUUACAAUCAAAGCCAAAAGCAAUGAAGAAAAGGAGAGUUCCAAUGAUAGACCAGUUUCAUUCUACUACUCACCCCUUCAUUGUGGACGUUGUUGAUGUUGUGGCUGAUGGUCAUUGUGGGUAUAGAUGCAUUGCUGCGUUGUUGGGACUCGGAGAAGAUUCAUGGCCCGUUGUCAGGAAUGAGUUGUACAAAGAACUCAGUGCAUGA